AUGGUAUUUAUCCUUCAGAAACUUGCUUUUAGUGCAUCAUCGAAUACUAAUGUUAAGUCGAAACACGGUAGUACCAUGGAUAAGCUGGUAGCACCUACUCCGAACCACCGUCAAGCAUUCCCACCGCAAGGCCUGGAUGAAUAUACAGUUCAAGGUUCCGCUAUGCUCACCGACCACCCAGUUAACCUGUUCCCGCUAUAUCAAAACUCAGAUAUAUCGUCAUAUACUGAGGAUGUCGCAUCCGGAUUCAUACUACCCCCUGAUUACACCAGAGAGCACACGAUUACUUCCUACCUCAAUUCGGUCUGUGAUAUGGACAUUGCAACAAAGGCGCCCUGCGAACCCCCAAACCGUCACACUCCCAUAGAUCCAGACAGCUAUUCGUUAAUAAUGACCCUCGCAGAUACCUACAUGGUGCACUCUGCCCGAACAGGCUCACUCGAUGAUAUCGACGCCGCCAUAGCACACUACCAACGCGUGCUGGGCAUGCUCACGCCAGAACACGAGAGUAAGGACGUGGUACUUGAUAGCCUCAGCAUCGCGUUUCAGAAGAGAUAUGAUCUGUCCGGCGAAUAUCGCGAUGUCCAUAGGGCGGUGAUGUGUUUACGGGAGGCGAUGCGGCUGUGUCCGAAUGGGCACCCUGAGCGUGGACGCCGGGAGCGUCGGCUUAAGAACGCACUUCCUGUUCGGUACGAGAAGAUGCAUACGAUGCUUCGCUAA